AUGAUCUAUUAUUAGUUUGAAAUUGUAAAUACUCCAUUCAAAUAAUCAUUAUUUUAUUUUUUUCAAAUAUAUAAAAGCAAAGGGAAGAUAAAAUUCUAGUAUUAGGGAAGGACAAUUUGUGAAUGGGAUCAAACUUUAGAUGAUAUCAAUAUAUACAUUGAGCCUCCAAAGGCGGUUUUAAAAAAGGGAGCAGAUGCCAAAUUGGACGUUUAAAUAAAGGCUGAUCAUUUACGGAUCGGAAUUAAGGGGAAUCCUCCAUUUAUUAAUGAACCAUUGGUGAAAUAGUGUGAUUCUAGUGAGUCUUACUGUUUGGUGGAGGAAGAAGAACUUCACAUAAUAUUGCAGAAGGCUUACAAAGGGGAUUUGUGGGCAAGUGUGUUUGUGGGACAUGGGAAGGUGGAUGCAUUGACGGAGCAGGAAUUGUAGAAGAAGAUGCUUUUGGAGAGGUCUUUAGGAGGAACACCCUGGGUUCGACUUUUCUGGAGCGUAGAUGAAUGGGAUAGUGCCUGA